UCCGUCGAUACCGGUUGCUGCCUGGACACAAAGGAGAGAGUAGCGAAUGGAUGGAUGGAUCCAUGCACCCCUCCCUAGCCUAAGUCAGUCAAUCAGUGUAUAUAUACGGCAAUACGGAGACCCAACAAGCACACGCACAUGUACACGCACCACACGAGACUCCCUUGGAGAAACCACCACACCGCACCAUACACACCCCGCCCAUCCCUCAGUCAAUAUCAUGGCCGUCACUAGCACCAGAUUGUUCCCCUUCCAACUCUACAGGGGAGAACCCCUCCACAUCAGCAAGACGCCGCUCGUAUCCCCUGCAACGACAUACGGCAGGCUCAUCGAAUGGCGCAGGUGGGUAUAAGCAAGGGUUGUUGGUUUGCGGUUCUCAUUCACCUGAUGGUGUCCCGCAGCUCUUUGUUUCUCUUUGCCAGCUGCAGGAUGGUGGCGUUGGCCUUCUCGGUGCGAUCGAUCAACUCUUGCUUGAGCCGCUCCACCUUCUGGCCCUGCACACAUCACAUCCAUGUGACACACAUGGGAGAUGGAUGUCCUCGCCCGUCCACCCCACCCCACCACACUCCACUCACCAGCUUCCGUGUGACGUCUUCGUACUGCCUGAUCCUGGCGUCGCGGUCGUCCUCUCGCUGAGGUCUCAUCGGCACACGCUCGCCACUCGCCUGUCGCCUCAGCACCCCCUCCCUCUGUGGCCUCAGCUGGGGCUUGCCGCGAACGUUGGACAGGCGGUGAUACACGGCCCCCACAGCCAAUGGGGUGGAAGAGGCCGAGUGCGUCAGCCCACGGCCGACACGGCUCACCGACGCCGACACAGACGCGGGAGUGGGGCUGGACGUGUGGGGGUGGCUGGUGUAGGCGGGCAUCAUCACCCGAUGGUCCGACUGAGCUGCCGCUGCCUGCCACUGCCACUCGUGUGCAUGGCGACCAGUCAGCUGUUGGCCCGCCAACGUCCGCUUGGUGGGGCUGGCUGUGGUCGCCACACCCACGCCCACACCUUCACUCAUACCACCAGCACGAUAGUGGCCCAUCCGUCGCGCAUAAGGCGACGCACCUGGUCCCAGCUUGAGCCUGUUGGCCUGGCCGGCACGUUGAUGUCGCACUGGUGGUGCGUUGCGGCUGAUAGAUGUGGAUGGGCUCAUGACGGACGAGGCGGCGUCGACACUAGCUGACGGGGGGGAGAGGGUGUUGGAGGUGAAGGUUGGGGGAAACGGGGGCAGGUCAACCACCAUUGGGUGGUGUGGGGGGAUGGGGGAGCGGUCGGUGGGCGAGGCGUGAGAGCCGUCGUCGUCCUGGGGGUAGUGUGGUGGGUUGGGGCUUCGGGUGAGGAAGCGCCUGGCGGGGCUGUCGCUCUCCGACGGCGUCGCAUUCGGAUCCAAAAUGCGACGCAGACGCGUGUUCUCAUCCUAACAUCCAAACAGAGCGCGUCAAUUCCGGGUGGAGGAGUGGCUGCGUGAACAGUCACAAACUGACCGUUUGGUACUGCAGCUGCCUUCUGAGGUAUGCGAUUUCGUCGUGGAGUGUGUGUCGAUUCUCCGACAGCGAUUGCACCUUCUGUACGUGGUGCAGCGACUGCUCUACCAGCUCCUCCGUCAACCUGAAACACAGACAUACACACACACACAGACACACGCACAGCUGUAGAUGGCUGAGAGUUGGUAGACGUGUGUGUGUUAGUGUCUCUGUCUUGGCACCUUUCGUUCUCUUCGUGGAGCCUGGCCAUUGCAUCGGUUGCCCUCUCCUCUCCCCUGUCCCUCUCGCCCUCCUCCUCAGCCAGGUCGUCAUCCGUCGGGAUGGGCAGCACGGGAUGCGACACAUGACCCGACACCUCACGCACCAACGAGAAGGGGAGGCCCCCCUCACCCCCCACAACCAACCCUCUCCUCCCGUCACUAGCAGUACGGCUGCCCACCGGCUGGGCCAACACGGCCCCACCACUAGUACCAGCAGCACCAGUGGCGGCUAUGUCCUCGUCAUCGUGCGAUGGCUGGUGUGGGUGUGGCCGUCCUGUCUUGGCCCCUCCCAGCAGCAGCUGCUGUAACACCUCCUCUACCUCUUUGUCGAUCCUAUCGUCGGCAGCUGAUGCGGACGCUGCAUCCCUCCCCACCCCACCGAUCCCAACACCCUCCGAGGCAGCAGAUGGUGCUGCACCUGCCGCUGCCGUUGCCGUUGCCAUGCCGGCGAAGGGCACCGAACAAUGGAGGUUCCGUACGCUGGGGGAGUGGCGCAGGUGACUCAGCAGGCCGCCGCUGGUGGUCGGUGGGUCAGGGGCAGUGGCGCGGGCAUGAGUAUGGUCUUCGUGUGAGAUGCCUGGUCUCGGCCUUGACUUUGCCAUCGUUCUGGCGGCCUCCCGAAUGCGAGUCGAGAAGUCGUUGGAUGCAGAUGCGUGUGGGGCCGAUCGCGGCGCGUCUUCACGAGAGGCUGCGAUGGACGGCUGCUGGGGCCUCGGCGCGAGAACAGACGCUCGCUCGUUGCCCAUGGCCGACGCACGGGCGAUCAAAUCCUCCUCCCGUCGAAGAGCCAUCAAAGCCUCUGUACCACGGCUGUCCACCCAGGCAGACACGCCACUGCCCUCCUCGCAUAGCGGCGGGGCUUGGCUGGCAGCAUGUGGUGCUGUUUGUGGUGAUGAUGGCUUGUCGUCUGCAUCAUUGUCAGCCUCCGCCUCCGCAUCAUGAGGCCUGCCGGGGUGAUGCUCGUGGUCCUGGUCGACCCCCUUGUGCAGGUCAGCCAGCCGAAGCGGCGGGAUGUGCACGCGAGGCCGUGACACGAACAAUCGCGCCCCAGGUCCGUCUUCCCCUCCGCCCCUCUCCCUCUCCCUCUCCCCCACUCCAAGUCCCUCUCCCCCAUCGAUGUCACGGUGGCUGCCGUUGCCCCGGUAGGAGGUGGCGAGUGACGAGAAGCCCGGCGAAGACGACUGGUCCUCCGAGUAGCAGAGGCUCGACUCAGACGGGCUCUUGGUCCGGCGGGGGCGAGGGGGGCGGGACGAAGCGGACGGGGACUGCCGGCGGGAGCUCAGGAAGGAACCUAUCGACUCCCUCUCGUCAGCCUCGUCGUCGGGGGGCCUCAAGUGGGGCGACGGCGUGUCAACAGCGGCCGCAGAGGAGGGUCCACGUCCACCAUCCUCAUCUGCCGUGUCCUCAUGGUCGUGUGCAGCCGCCUCAUGGUCAGUGCCAGCAUCACCACUAGUUGCGCUGUCUGGCGGGGCUGACGCGAAUGCAUCUGGAGCAAGGAUCAGACCCUCAGGCCACUCGGCGUCACUAAUGGGAGGCGCGCUGACAAUGACGAACGGCGAGAACGCAGUGGGAGGCCUCGCCGACUCAUCGAAUGUUGCUGCCCUUGUUGCGGUGUCAUUCUGGUGGCGGCUGAUGGAUGCAGCCCCGAAAGAAGAUGGGCGAUGGGCAUGUGUUGGCGCCGCCUCGUCUUGGGGAUGCCGGCCACCCUCCUUAUCAUCAUCAAGAGCAGCACUCUCCUCGCCAUCGUGCGCAUCACCGUCGAAAACCACAGCCUCCAUCAAUCAAUCAACCAGCUCACGGAGAAUCGACAGAUCAACACGGCCGCUGACCUCCGCCGGUCGUCAGCUCCGCACUCGCAGCUAUUCUACU